GUCAAUACAAAAGGAGUAUUUUCUAGAAAAAUCAAAACAGUCACUAUAAUCCUCACUUUCAUCUAAAGCUAAAAACAGAUUGGAGAAACUAGGUCGAAUCGAACUAAGAUUUUCACAGUUUUAGCACUAUAGAAGAAUGGCUAACUUAGUAAAGUACGAUUGGUACCAGUCGGAUACGGCGGUAACAAUAACCGUGAUGCUGAAGAAUGCCACCGACAAAAACUAUUCCGUGGUGAUAGAACCGAAAUUCGUUAGUCUUUCGGCAGACGGAAUUGAACCGAUCACCAUCAACCUAUGGGAUACAAUCAACCAUGAGCAAAGUUCACACAAAGUGACCCCGAGCAAAGUUGAAAUAAAGCUAGCCAAGAUGGUUGGAAACCGCUGGGAAACACUAGAGAAAAAAAUUCUAUUGAACGAGUCUUCGACCGCGAAAAAUGUUCAUGAUUGGGAUAAAAUCUCUAAGGACAUCGAAAAACAGGAAGCAGAGGAGAAACCUCAGGGAGAUGAAGCAGUUCAGGAAUUGUUUCGAAAAAUAUACUCAGAUGCCAGCGAGGAAACGCGUAAAGCUAUGGUAAAGUCUUAUUAUGAAUCUGGAGGUACCGUUCUUAGCACAAAUUGGGAUGAAGUUGGAGCAAAAACUGUAGAUGUUAAACCACCGGACGGAUGUGAGUUCAAAAAAUGGAAAUAAUUUAAACAAUAUAUUCUCUUCGUGAUCACUGUUUUUCUCAAAUUCAGAUUCGUUGCUUUUUUAAAUACUGUAAAACAAAUAAAAUAUAACUGCAAA